AUGGGCGUAUCCCACCUGACGGCCGUUUGCAGCCCCAUUGCCAUCGACGGUGGAGGGUUCCAAGGGGGAACGUCAGCCGGUCAGCCAUCGACUCUUCGAAAUCGAGCCAGCUCCAGUAAGAGUCCGUUCGUCAAGACCGGGCAGGAUAGUCUGGUGAAAUGGCAGCUGCUGGAUGCGGACUCGGUGCGGCGCGCCGAGAGAGAGAACAAGCUCAUCUUCCUGCACGUCGGAUACCGAGCUUGCCACUUCUGUCGCAUCAUGGCCCUCGAGUCCUUUUCCAACCCCGAAUGCGCUGCCAUACUCAACGACGCAUUUGUCCCCGUCAUUGUCGAUCGAGAAGAGCGCCCCGACAUUGACACCAUUUACAUGAACUAUGUCCAGGCCGUCAGCAACGUUGGAGGAUGGCCGCUGAACCUCUUUCUGACGCCCGAGCUGGAACCCGUCUUUGGAGGCACCUUCUGGCCCGGCCCCGACUUUCUCACCAUACUAAGAAAGGUGCACGACAUCUGGAGACACCAGGAAGGUCGCUGUCGAAAGGAGGCAACUGAGAUCCUGGGCCAGCUGCGAGAGUUUGCCGCCGAGGGAACUCUUGGCACCCGUGGCAUCGUCGGCCAGCCAUCGCUGGCGCCGCCAGGUGAGCUGGACCUCGACCAGCUGGAGGAAGCUUGUACACACAUUGCCGGCACCUAUGACCCCGUCCACGCAGGAUUUGGACGCGCACCCAAGUUCUUGACCCCGCCGAAACUGGCAUUCUUGUUACAGCUGCAACAAUAUUCCAGCCCCGUGCAGGAUGUCGUCGGGCAGGCAGAGUGCAGACGCGCGUCGGACAUGGCAAUCGGGACGCUGCGAAAGAUUCGCGAUGGGUCCUUGCGCGACCACGUUGGAGGCGCCGGCUUUGCGCGUUGCUCCGUCACCCCGGAUUGGAGCCUUCCCAAUUUCGAGAAACUCGUCGUCGACAAUGCUCUAUUACUGGGCCUGUAUCUCGACGCCUGGCGUGUCUGUGGUGGACAGGCCAGCAGCGAGUUCUUCGACGUCGUGGGCGAGCUCGUUGAGUAUCUGACUUCGGAGCCCAUCGCCCUCCCCGACGGCUGCCUAGCCUCUAGCGAGGCUGCCGAUUCCUACUACCGGCGGGGCGAUUCCGAUAUGAGAGAGGGUGCCUGGUACCUCUGGACUAGGCGGGAGUUUGACUCGGUGCUUGAUGCGGCCGACAGGCACAUCAGCCCCGUCGUCGCGGCGUAUUGGGAUGUUCAGGAGGAUGGUAACGUGAACGAGGACCACGACCCCAACGACGACUUUAUCAACCAAAACAUCCCGAGAGUGGUCAAGACGCCCGAGGAGCUCGCGGCCCAGUUUAGCAUCCCCGUCGAAACUGUUGAGCAGUACAUCCAGACCGCCAAGUGGGAGCUCAAGGCCAGGCGGGAGCGAGAACGGGUGCGGCCCGCGCUGGACAACAAAGUCGUCACGGGCUGGAACGGGCUGGUGAUAUCCGCCUUGGCGCGGGCUGCCGCGGCCCUCAAGAAGGUUGCGCAGGCCAAGGCCGAGCGGUGCCUGAUCACGGCGAGAGCGGCCGUUUGGUUUAUUCAGAAGCGCAUGUGGGACCCAGACGCCGAAGUGCUGUACAGGAUAUGGCGGGACGGGAGGGAGACGGAGGGGUUUGCGGACGACUACGCCUACUUGAUCUGUGGUCUUUUGGACCUGGUUGACGCGACGGGUGACGAGAGCCUCCUCGCCUUCGCCGACACCCUUCAAAAGACUCAGAUCAGACUCUUCCACGACCCGGCUGGCGGCUUCUUCUCCACGACGGCGUCGUCGCCGCACGCCAUCCUCCGCCUCAAGGACGGCAUGGACACGUCGCUGCCCUCGACCAAUGCCGUGUCGGCCGCCAACCUGUUCCGCCUCGGCGCCCUUCUGGACGACGCCGCCUUUUGCGCCCGCGCCCGCGCCGUCGUCAACGCCUUUGAGCCCGAGAUGCUGCAGCACCCCUGGCUGUUCCCGGGCCUCUUGGCCGCCGUCGUCAUGGCGAGGCUGGGCGUUGAGGUGUCGGCCGUGCACGUCGAGUACAAGGCGGCGAGGGAGCAGUCGUAG